UAUAUUUUUUUUAUUUGCUUGUCUCCUUGAGCAGCUUGGUUACUUGGGACUCUAAAAAGUUGUCGAUUUUUAUUACUCGUCUUUACUACCAGCAUCGCGAGCCAAUUUUUAUGCUCAACUUCCGAUAAUGUAUCAUUAUUCCACGCCACCUCCCGGGUGGUCAUCCCAUUAUAUGACUUCGCCUCCUACAUCUCCUCAUUACGCCUACUACGCUACUCAGGUCGCCAAUCCCUACGGCUCCCCUCGACCAUCGUCGAAGCGCCAUGGUCGCAAAGCCAGUUAUGCCGGCACCAAGGAAGCUGCAGGAUGGCAAUAUGCCGGAUACGGGACGCCUUUCUACGACGCGAUGCCUGAAUAUAGCACGCCACCGCGCAAGCACGAGAAUGCCACGGAAGAGGAUGCGGCUAAGGCUGGCAUCCCCGCGGGCUAUUCGAUCAAGAACUGGGAUCCCACCGAAACGCCUAUCAUUCUCUUGGGCAGUGUUUUCGAUGCGAACUCCCUCGGCAAGUGGAUCUACGACUGGACGGUCUUCCAUCACGGUGCUUCGACUCCCAUGGCCGAUGUUGCGGGCGAGUUGUGGUUGUUGUUGAUUAAGUUGGCGGGUAAGAUCAAGAGGGCCGAUGAGUGUGUGGAUCGGAUCAAGCAGCCUGAGCACCAAGAAGUGGUGGAGGACUUUCUGGAAAGUGGUGAGCGCCUGUGGGCGCGGUUUAAGAAAUUGCUGAAAACUUGCGAACAGUUCAUGUGGAAAGCGGCCAAGCGAGAAGGUGGUAAGAGUGUGUCUAUGGGCCGCAACGCAGGCUGCGAAUUUGUGGAGACGAUAUUUGGUCGCGACCGCGAAUUGGAGAGCACGGAGAAGUUGAUGAACAGCGUUCGUCUAUGGAACAUGCGGUUCGAUGCCAACUGCGAGGAGAUUCUUCGACGACCGGCCGCAUAG